AUGGGUCGUCGAGUCAUCUUCGACAGUUGUCACCCGGUGGAGCGAAAAAACAGUGACUUUGCGGCUCUUCGGUGGUUGUCACCUAACGGAGAGGAGUUGGAUGGAGGUGGGGCACGUGUCAAGGAGUGACGUGACUCAGUCGUUGUAUAUUAAAUCACGCAAAUAUAAAAUUUAUAAAACUAGAAAAUAUAAAUUUUCAGAUAUUUAGAAGUAUUUCUAAAUAAAUAUAUCAAUUAUAAUUCAAUAAAAAUUCUAAAAAUAGCGGUAAUAUCUGGUAAUUAUUCAGAAUUUUUCUCAAUGAAUACAAUUUUCUUACAAAUUUUAUACUAGGAAAUAAAAAGGAAAUAUAUUUAAAAUUCACGAAAAAAAAGGAAAUAAGGGUGCGGACGUCAGGAUGAUGUCAGCGCCUGGUGAACGCGAAUCAGGCGGAAAUAGAGUUCCGCCCGUCAGUCCUUACGUAGGCGAUUACAGACGACUCAAUUAAUCAAAUUAAGAUCUGUAAAAGCCACAAGAAUCGUAAUUGAAUGAAGUAUAGUUUGGUAAAUUAAAAUCAACAAAGUAUCACUAAAUGAAGCGUAAAUUAAAUUGAAAGCAGGAAAACAGAGUUCCGGCGUCACGACGGCGAUGCAUCGGCAAUGCAUCGGAAUCCUGAGCAUUCAAGAGGAUCGUCAUGUAGUGUCCACGGCCUCAAAGGCUCUCCUUAAACAAAGACGAUGUGGGCAAUCUCUAGAUCUUCUCGCGAAGUCUAGAGAUCAAUGAAGUGGGUCGUUGAAUCGUCUCUAGUGGCUGUCACCCGGCAGAGCGGAAAAAUGGCAAGUUUGCGGCUCUCCGGCGACUGUCACCUGACGGAGAGGAGCUGGAUGGAGGUGGGGCGCAUGUCAGGGAGCUUCAUCCUCAGGUCUGCGCAGCAAGAGGUGGCUCUUCAUCGCAUCUGGUACGCUUUUAGGAGGUGGCGAUUGGUCUCCUGGUGGAUCGUCCUCUUCCUGACAACGGCUUGUUCGUCGAUCAAUCAGAGAUGA